GGUUCAACAACGUGGGUGGGAGGGAGAUUUAAAGGGGUAGUAAGCUAAGCUCCGGUGGUUCUAUAGAGAGAAACCCUAAAACACAACUCUUCAUUCGCAGCCAGCCCAGAGACUCUCUCUCUCUCUCUCUCUCUCAGACCUCCGCAGAUUCACAGAAUCCUCAUCCGUGUUCUUCGUAGUGAUAAUGGGGGAUACACUUGAUUCGCGACCUCAUGCUUUUUCGAUUAAACUAUGGCCGCCGAGUUUACCAACAAGGCAAUCUCUCAUUAAACGUAUAACCAACAACCUCUCUUCCAAGACCAUUUUUACUGAAAAAUACGGUAGCUUAACCACCGACCAAGCUUCCGAGAACGCUAAGAGGAUUGAGGAUACUGCUUUUACCACUGCUAACCAACAGUUUGAGAGGGAACCUGAUGGUGAUGGCGGUUCAGCUGUACAGCUUUAUGCUAAAGAAUGUAGUAAGCUUAUCUUGGAAGUUCUCAAGAAAGGUCCUGUUGCUAAGGUUGUUGUCAAAAGAGAAUCUGUUUCUGAAGAAGUAGUACCUACUCCUGCUGCUUCUUCUUCUCCCUGUGAAACUUUUUUCGAUAUCUCUAAAGGUAAACGUGCUUUCAUUGAAGCCGAGGAGGCUGAGGAGCUUCUCAAACCGUUGAAGGAGCCUGGUAAUGGUUACUUUAAGAUAUGUUUUAGCAAUAGGAGUUUUGGUUUGGGUGCUGCUCGUGUCGCUGAGCCUAUCUUGGCGUCUUUGAAAGAUCAGCUUAAGGAAGUUGACUUGUCUGACUUUGUUGCUGGACGUCCUGAGGCUGAAGCUCUUCAAGUUAUGAAUAUAUUUUCUGACGCGCUGCAAGGUAGUAUCUUGUUGUCUCUCAACUUAUCAGAGAAUGCAUUGGGUGAGAAGGGUGUUAGAGCAUUUGGGGCGCUGUUAAAAUCUCAGAGCUCUUUGGAAGAGCUGUAUUUGAUGAAUGAUGGUGUCUCUAAGGAAGCUGCACAAGCGGUCUCCGAGUUGAUUCCUUCAACAGAGAAUUUGAGGGUCCUUCAUUUUCAUAAUAACAUGACGGGUGAUGAAGGGGCACUCGCGAUUGCAGAGGUUGUUAAGCGUUCGCCACUGCUGGAGAAUUUCCGGUGCUCUUCCACAAGAGUUGGCUCAGAAGGGGGAGUCGCCUUGUCAGAAGCACUUGAGCAUUGUACUCAUAUUGGGAAACUUGAUCUGCGGGAUAAUAUGUUUGGCACAGAAGCCGGAGUUUCUCUCAGCAAAACUCUUUCAAGCUACAAACACUUGACUGAGCUUUACUUGAGUUAUCUAAAUCUAGAGGAUGAAGGUGCCAUAGCCAUAGCAAACGCUCUUAAGGAGUCUGUUUCACCUAUUGAAGUUCUAGAGAUGGCAGGUAAUGACAUAACUGUUGAAGCGGCUUCGGCCAUCGCAGCAUGUGUAGCAGCAAAGCAAAAUCUGAACAAGUUGAAUCUGUCUGAAAAUGAGCUGAAAGAUGAGGGAUGUGUCCAGAUUGCAAAGAGUAUGGAAGAAGAUCAUUCGAAAUUGCAAUACAUCGAUAUGAGCACGAACUUCAUAAGAAGGGCUGGAGCACGAGCCUUGGCUCAAGUCGUUGUUAAGAAAGAAGCUUUCAAGCUGUUGAACAUUGACGGGAAUAUCAUAUCAGAAGAAGGCGUUGAAGAAGUUAAAGAGAUAUUCAAGAAGUCCCCAGAGUUACUUGGACCUUUUGACGAGAACGAUCCUGAUGGAGAAGAAGAUGACGAUAAUGAGGAAAACGAAGAAGAUGAAGAGUACGAAGGUAACGGGAAUGGCGAGCUGGAAUCGAAGCUGAAGAACCUUGAAGUUAAUCAGGAGGAUGAUUAAGUCUGUAAUGUUUGGUUGGUACUUUUCAAUGUUUUUGUUUGUUUUGUACCAGGAUUACUUUAGCCGGCUGCUACAAGGAUGAAAUCGUAUUGAGACUUUAUUUUUGCCGAUGGCUUUUUGUUAAAAGAGAGAUUGUAUCGCUAUUAUAAAAUGGAGUAGCUGUUUGUUUGGUUUAGAUACGAUUUAAACUGGGCGAACAUUGAUUUUAUAUCA